UCGGUAAGUUUUUUAUACAUUUUUUAAUAUGUUCGGAAUAUUGUUACCUAUACUCACCCCUAUCUCUUUCCUAAAUGCUUCAUAUGUGGCUAUUUUCUACAUGUUCUAUGCGUCCACAUUAUCCAUAGUAUUUACCUACGUUCAUCUUCCCGAUUCUUAUUUCAAUCAGAAUGAUAACCAUUUGAAUGUAUACUUUAUGAAAUACUCAUAUAUCUAUGCAACGGGUUUAUUGUUACCAUUCGUAUGUGUUCUACAUUAUGUUUUAAAUUACGCCAGCUGUAAGAAAUCUAUGUUCGCAUUCCUGCGCGUAUUUAUAUUCGCUUUUAUAAACUAUUGUAUAGGAGAAGAAUUCAACAUCUUGGGAUUCUUUUUCGGCGCUUGUGAUAUGUAUUCUUAUUACAUUAACGAUAAAGUACAAUGUAUUAAAAACGGAUAUCAAUGGACCAAGUUGGAUAUAUCGGGUCACGUUUUCCAUAUUUUGUACAGCAUCCUAGUCAUCUACGAAGAAUUAUCUUUUUUACGUAACUGGCGAAGUAUCGAGUCUAAAGUAAACGAGCUAAUUAUCGACGACGACGAUGACUCCAGCGAUGAAAAUCCAAUCACCGUAAUCAGCAGAGAAAGAUUCAAUAUUUUCAAGAAGAUCUAUGUACAAAAUCAGUAUUUUCUUAAAACCUGUAUGGUUUUUCUAUCAGUAUUGGUUAUUUUACUCCAUUUGUCGGUAUUUAUUACCUUGGUCUAUUUUCAUACCGCUUUUGAGAAAAUUGUCGCUAUGAUAAUCGCGUUAGUGUUCUGGUUUUUUUCCUAUCAUAUCAUAUAUCCAUUAGGGGGAUUUAGAACCGGACCUUAUAGUAUCGAAACUGCCGAAUACGAAAGUCUGAUGGAGAAAAGUGGAGAAUUUAGUCUAAUUUAUGCUAAUAGUACCGUCGAUGGUCGAUAUCCAGAUAGGAAUAAUAUUUUUAAUUUGUUCGCUCGUAAUCCGAGGAGUAAAACUUAUGAAAUAUUGUAAUCGUCUUCCCCUUUAAAAAAUAUCGUUUUUUGGUCAACUUUUUUUUUUUAAUUUGUUACUUAGUUUUUUUAUAUUUUUGUUGUUGCUGAAUUUUUAUUUAAUUUUAGUAUUGUUUUCUAAAAAAUAUCAAUCGAAUGGUUUAAUAAAUUUUGGAGUAGAUGGUAUCGCAA